AUGUAUUGUAACUACUACGGCAACUCCUGCGGCUACGGCUGUGGCCUGGGCUGUGGCUAUGGCUAUGGCUGUGGCUACGGCUGUGGCUAUGGCUGUGGCUACGGCUGUGGCUACGGCUCUGGCUGUGGCUAUGGCUGUGGAUACGGCUCUCGCUAUGGCUGUGGCCUGGGCUGUGGUUAUGGCUGUGGCUACGGCUCUGGCUGUGGCUAUGGCUGUGGAUAUGGCUCUGGCUGUGGAUACGGCUCUCACUAUGGCUGUGGCUAUGGCUGUGGCUCUGGCUGUGGCUACGGCUCUGGCUGUGGCUAUGGAUGCUGUGGCUACCAGCCUUAUGCCUUCAGAAGAUGUUAUUCUUCUUGGUGCUAG